AUGCCUUCUGAUGAGCUCCACAUCCCAAAACACUCGUUCACGGCAUUCAGGCUCACCUACUCUACGGCUCAUGUGGUUUCGGAGUCGUCCAGGUGUGUGUUUCUAGGCUCAAUUCCCGAUAUCUGGCGAGAUGACCGUGGACCUGACUUGCUCACCACCAUCACCAAGCACGCCAAAGGCCAGGUCAAAAAGAACUUCCGCUCUGCCAGUACCCUUAUAGGUACCAGCAUACGACGUGCCACUUCCCGCUUCGACAGCAACGAGGAUUUGGAGGGAACCAGGAGGUCCAAAAUCAACAUCGAGAUGCCCCAACCCAUGGAAAAGGCUGAACUGGCCGAGCAAGCCAACACCGACAUUUCGUGGGCAGAAAAAGAACACCACCGUUUCACUAGGAGAUUGCGUUCCUUGGCCUCAGCUUCUAGAAAUAUCGCCCAUGACACCAAAAGAAUCAGAAAACGAAUUUACCGAAAUAUCUUGAAAGAGUAUAAAGAGGGUGAAAUCUUGCGUCUGGACAAGUUCCUCAUAUUGACCAAAGUGCUUCACAAUAUUAAGAAAGUGUCUACGUUCAAUGAGAACGAGUUUUGUGACUCACGAAUCUAUUCCCAGUGGAACGAGUAUAUCUGCGUAUUGAGAAGAACCAGUAAUCCUACUAAUCCAUUAUCAAUUGAGCUCUACGAAUUACACAACAACAUCGACAAUAGAAAACCAGAUAUUAGCUUUGCGUUAUCGCCCGAAGUGGGAGCCUUCCUCUACAGCGAUUCGGACAAGUCGUUCUGUUUGACGGUCCCGAAAGAUAACAAUGUUUAUGUGUAUAUUUUCAAAGCUCAUAGCCAAAUCGUUGCCAUAAGGUCCUUGUUCUUCAUCACCAAGUUGGGCCAGAGAAUCAGCUACCAGUAUAACGUUUCCAUUCCAGACCUUGGACUCAAAUUAGACGUCGAGGUUCCAUUUUCAGAAAUUAGGAAAGCAUUUGAGUCAAGGCCAUUUCUUUCCCUUUGCGAACUUGAGAAGGGAUACUGCGUAUCUUCGAGCCCUAUAUUGCAAUAUUUGAAAACCAAAGUCAUUGAGGCAGUUCAAUCGUAUCGAAUUCCGCAGUUUGAUAAAUGGAUACAACAACUAGAAUGGCCAUGGUUUUGUUUCAAGCAAUAUGAUAGUCUUGAUUGGGUGAUGAACAACAGCCAGGUGUUUUUAAUGAACUAUAGUAUCUUGAAGAACAGCUAUCAGUUGGAGCUUCGCAAUUUGGAUUCUGGUUAUUUCUUGGCCAAUCUCGAUGGAAAACUUAUGAAGGAGCCUUACCCAAUUGAAGGCUUUCUUUUCCGAAUGACAAAUACUUCCGGUAGGGAUAAAUCAUUCAUGAGAUCAUUUCACAAAAUGCUGUACUUUUAUUCAUGUGACAAAAUUCUUUUCUUCACGAAGUAUUAUAGAGGAGCUCCUCCUGCUACGGAUUCAAAUUUAGAUCACUCAAAUGUUGAAUGCGUGCAUGAGUAUAAUCCAUAUCCUUUAGAUGCUCAAGAACACAUAACCUGGUUGAAGAAUGAAUCUUUUGACAAAUAUGACCAGGCUGCCUUGACCGAAUUCAAGAGAAGAUCUCAACAGGUUGUCAAGGCGGAGGCAAUGUUGGACAUGACUUUGAUUGCGGAUAUUAGGUCAAUCUCACUUGAUAAAAUAUCGAAAACUCAAAGAAUGGUCUUUUGUCUAUAUUGGUAUUCAUCUGCAGAACUCAUCAAUGAAGAAGAUAUUGUGGAUUCGGCAUUUGAAAUUGAAAUGUCCAAUGGCAACAUAUUGAGGCUUCAAGCACCAAACAGAAAUGUGCGGGACGAAUGGGUAUUGCGGAUUUCUCAAUUAAGGCAAUAUUGGAUUUCCAAAACAUAUGAUGAUUUAGAAAGAGUAAUGGCCGUGAGGGUACGGAAUCAACAGUCUUUACGAAUCAGUGAGUAUAUUGACUCUAACAUCAAGCAAGAAUUGGGAACUAGCGAAUAUCAAUUUGGAGUAGCAGAUCCGUUGAUUCAUAACAUCAAUAGUUUGGCAAUGAGCAGGAGUGUUACCAUGAGUGGUUACUUGUAUGAAAAGGGGAAAAAGCAUUCAAAUUUCAAUCAAUACUAUGUGGUAUUAUGUCCUGGAUUCCUUGUUUUAUACUCGGUAUUUCAAAGGUCUAAAUUGUCAGGACAAUGGAAGAAGAACCCAUUGUAUGAACAUUACUUUACCAUUCCAAUAGCGGAAUGUUACCUAUAUUCUGGCAUUACAACAAGUAUAGACUUACUUCAGGAACAUAGAGAGGUUGAUCCCAGAAAUCCGUCAAGAAGAGCACUUCCAAGAAUUUAUCCCGAUGGUUGGAAAUCAUCUGAGGAAGAGCACACUCGUUGCUUCACAUUGUGGUUUGGCAAGAAAAGGCAAAUUAAGGAGCAGCAGUUGCAUUACAGCAAGGGAACCAAUUCAAAGAACGAUGAUGAAAACCAUCUUGAAAUGAAUCCUGGGAUAUCUACCAUGAUUAAACGGUUGGGUUUCACUGGGAAAAGUAUGGUAUUCAUGGCAAGAUCCAGGCAAGAGCGCGAGUUGUGGACCUCUAGUAUCAUGGCUGAAAUCGAUCGUUUUACCACCACUUGA